AAAAACAGAAAGAAGAGAGACUUUAGUUAGUUGAUUGGUCAGUCAGUCAGUUAACAGUGAGUACUAGUUAGUUAUAUGUUGCUCUGGGACAGCCCACUCAUGGACACAUCAUCUCGUUGCAGCAGAGAAAGCAGCGAACCUCAUCUCGGUUCUAAGGAUGUCCUUAUAUGUAAAGUGUCCAAUCACAGGACCUGUUGUUGUCCUCAGAGAACAGGAUGGAGGACCCUUCAGAACCAAAGGGCCUGUAGAGGAGCUGGUCCCCAGCUGCACCAGGAGGCCAGGGUACUGGACAGCAAAAGGAGGAGCAAAGAGGAGGAGGAAGAAAGGCUGAUAACGGGCAGGAGGAAGGAGAACACAGACCCAGGAGAAGGUCUGCACCAGACCAGAAAAAUACAGAAUCUCUACAAAGACUACAGAUGGUUUUUACAGAACAGUACCAGAACCAGGUAUGCAGCUGGAUCUGGAUUCAGGUCUGGACAUGAGCUCCAGUCCUGCAGACCAGAAAUCAGAUUGGCACUGAUCAGGAAGACCAGGAUCCAGAACUCUGUCCAGAUUAAAGACAAAAACAAUGUUAUUGAUUUUGUCCCCAAAGACCAGACUGAUGCAGGAUCCACUGAGACAAAUGUGGAUCAGAACAAAGAAACCAGAACCAGCUCUAAGUUCUCAGAGACCAGAACCAGCAGGAGUUCUGACAGAAGAGCAGGGUGGCUACAGGAGACCAUAUCCAGGUCUGAGACUAGGCCCAGGACCAGGAGGAGGAAGAUCCACCAAUCAGCAUUCAGAGGCAGAGGUCAGCUAAGGCUGUCAAUCACUCUGGAGGCAGGACAGCUCAUCAUCCACAUCCAUGAGGCCAGAGGGCUGAUGGGAAAAUCCUGCGGGUCAUGUGACUCGUACGUAAAGCUCAGCGUGACCUCUGACCUCCAUGACAGCAUCGGGAUAAAAACUCAAACUUUUCGCAACAAUAAAAACCCAGCGUACCAGCGGAACUUCUCUCUGUGUGUGUCAGAGCCCCUCCACCUCAGCCGGUUGUUGGUCUCGGUGCUCAGGAGACUACCUAAACCCAGGUGCAGCCAGCUGAUUGGCUGUAUGAGUUUUGGGAUUGGUUCCCUCAGCCACUCUUCUCAGCUGAUCACUGGUUGGUUCUACCUGCUGGGGGAGGAGUUUGGACACAGCAAACACAUGAGAGUGACAUCACAGAGUUACAGACCAAUAAAAAGCCUCCAGGUGACGGUAGAGAGGCAGGAGGUGGAGUCUACAGCUGACCUCAGACGGACUCCGGACUCUGCUCCUGACCCUGACCUGAUCCACACCAGCACCCUGACCAGAACCAAACAGUCCGUCAGCACCAUAACCACCUCAAGUAGACCCAAUGUUUCAACCCAACACAGCAUGGGUUCUGGUGGGCUCGGCAGCCUGGACUCUGAUGAUGCCAACUACAGCAGCUAUGUGACCUCGCAGCACCUGGCGAUCAACAUUAUUCGAGGGAAAGACGGGUUUGGAUUUACAAUCUGCUCAGAUUGUCCUGUCAGAGUCCAGGCUGUAGAUCCGGGAGGUCCAGCUCAUCAGUCUGGACUCUGUCAGGGAGAUUCGGUUCUUCAGCUCAACGGACUUCCUGUGGAAACCUGGAAAUGUGCUGACCUCGCCCAGGCCAUCAGGAGCUGUCCGUCCCAGGUCGUCUUGGUGGUCUGGAGAGGUUUACCUGAGCUCAGCUCCGCAGGUGAAACUUUGCUCCGCCCACAGGUUCACAAUGCGCUAACCACCACCAAGUUGCUGUCUCACCCCGCCCACAGCAAAUACAGUCGCAGAUGGAGUCAGGGUCGGGGACUCCGGUCCGGUCGGGGUUUUCUGGGUUCUCUGUGGAGAGACAGGAAGGAGGACCAGGACCAGGAGGAGACAAAAGACAAGCAGAUGUUUUCCACUAUAAAAAGCACCAGAGCAACAGCAUCAAAUGGAGACAAUUACAUCAUCCUGUCACCUGUUAACUCUGAGGGACAGCUCCCGCAGCAGAUUUACCAUGACAGAAAUGGAACAAUUGGCCGUCUGUACCAGACUCAUCCCAGCAGAGGUCAAAAUCUCCUCCAUAAUACUCGGGCUGGGAUGUCCCAGCAAAGCAUCACCAGCCACACCUCCACCCUGCCUGUUUCACAACCCAGAACCAUGGCUUUGGAUCCACCUGGAAACCCUGGAAACUACCAGAACUGUACCAUUGUUCAGUCCCAUCUUCCACAGUCCGGAUAUGGAAACUACACCUCCCUUCCACCCAAAACUCUUAUUUUUCCCAUCUUUGUCCAGCCUCUGGACCUCUGCAGCUCGGACAGAACCCUGCGCAUGUCAGAGGAAAUGAUCCUACACCAGACUGACCUGCUUCCUUCCAAGGUGACUGUGCUGAUCUACAGUGACCUGAUGCUGAUCACCAGAAAGGAUGAAGCUGGACGCUGUAACGUCCUGCAGAGCCCGCUGUACCUGAACAUGCUUCAGCUCAGAGAAGUUCCAUCAGAACCGCUUCAUAUCUAUUUCUUGCAAGACUCAGACAGUAGCUGGUGCUGCCUCUUCAGUUUGGAAGCAUUCAGCAUUGAGCAGAAGGUCCGGGUCAGCCUUUGUCUCCAUGACAACAAACAGCACUGCCUGGUUACCAUGGAGAACCCACUCCCCUACCAGUUUUCAGACCUCCCCUCAGAUUUCGGCCGACAUUCUCUCAGUCAGUCUAACAUCCUUUGUGACCCAUCCUCUCCUUACUCUUGUCUCUCUGACCCCUGCAGACCUCCUUCCCCCUCUCUUUACUCCCACAGACCCCCACUCUCCUCCUCGAUGGCUCCUCCACCUCCCUUCACCUCAAUCUUUCCAUUCAGCUCCUCUUCCCCUCCCCCUAGAAUGGUCUCCUCUCUACCUCAGUACAUUUCCCCACCUCCUUCCUUUUCUUCUACUCUGAGGAGUCCAGUCUGGAAACAAAGAGAUGACACAGAGGAGGAGAGGAGGAAGAGGAGACAAGUGGAGGAGGAGGAGCGGCAGCAAGGGGAGGGAGAGAGUUCCUCUGAAACGUCAGAGAGUAUCGGGAGGUUCGGGACCCGAGGACUCCUGCUCAGCCCUCACCAUUUUAACAUGAACGAUGAAGAGGAGAUCGAGAGUGGAGAGGAUGGAGAUGAAGAGGAGUUCAGCUGCAGACCCGUAGUUCUGCGGCGCUCACUCUCUGAAGGUUCCUUGGUGAAAGAACCUCGAUCACCCCGCUUUCUGUCUGACAGCACCAUCCAUCGCCUUACACGUACAUCGACCUUUGACCUAACCCUCACCUUAGGCACCUCCCCUUGUCCCCCUUCCCCUCAGACUCUGAGGAAACAGCUGACCAAGGAGGGGGCAUCUCUUCACCAGAUGCUGAUGCUGCUCAACGGCUCUAAGGGUGGAACAUCCAGCAACUGUAAGCUGAAGAAGAAAAAGACCAAAAGUUUGGCUGCUGACAUUCAGAGUCGCUUGGCAUUUUUACGGAGACGGAAAAAUUACGCUGGUAUCCAUGGUAACAGUUUAGAGAAAGCGCUGAAAAACAACAGACCAUCUGAAGGGGAGGUUAAGAGGUGGGCAGAGAGUCUGGAAGCUUUGCUGACCCAUCAGUAUGGUGUGGCAGUGUUCCGUCACUUUCUGAGGUCAGAGUUCAGUGAGGAGAACCUGGACUUCUGGUUGGCAGUGGAGGAAUUUAAGCGGACACUCUCCUUCAGUAAGAUGGCCGACCACGCUAAGAAGAUCUACGACGAGUUUAUAUCUACGUCAGCAGCACGACAGGUCAAUGUGGAUUCAUUUGUCAGGGACUCAACCAAUCAAAGCCUCAUUUUUAAUGUUAACACCACCUCCUUCCAGCUGGCCCAGGAUCAGAUCUUCAGCCUGAUGGAGGCCGACAGUUACCCACGAUUCCUCAAGUCCUGCCUUUAUGCCCAGCUGGCCAAUUACAGCACAGCCACUGCAUUGGAGUUGUCCAAUCAGAGUAGAUCUGUCAGCUAGUUGUGUUCAGGAUCAAACAGUGGCUGGGCCAAUCAGAAUGAUCAGAGUCUGGUAUUGGCUGGCCAUUGUCUGUUCAGAAAACAGUCGAACAAUCAAAGAGACAUUUAGCCAACUGGAUUAUGGGAACUGUAGGCCACAGAGGUUUUGAUUAAAAAUAAAAAUGUUUUAAUGCGUUCCUCAUUCACAGAACGCUGUUAGUUUUUAUUAUAGAUUUAAACAACUAUUUCAACUACUAAGAUGUUUAGAGUUUAAUCAGCCACUGGGUGUGAUUUAGAGAUGUUUAACCAUGAAGGUCUGAUCCCUAAAACAUAAAAUUCCUGGUUUCAGCUUGCAGAGCUUCUCUUUAAACUAUUAACAUUAUUGAGUCUGACCUGAAGGUCCACCUCAGGUUGGGUCAGACACAUCCACCUAUGGAUCUAACUUAUGGACCAACAUGAGGACUGAUCAGGAAGCUCCACCUGGCGAUUCAUCUGGGGAUCAUUUUAAGGAACCAAGUGAUUGAUCCACCUCUUUGGAGAUGAUCCUACAGAUGGUCCAGCUAUUUGUUGAAGGUGUCUCAGAGAACUCUUGAUGUUUCCUACCCUUGGUCAUAGCCUGGUGUUAAACCCAGAAACAGAAAGUACUUUAUUUAAAAGUACCUGAGGAAGAACCAGCAUAACAGAAGCCAUGACCAUGUGACUGAUGGUUUUGGAAAAUCCUAUGAAAUUUGUUUUUUUAAUUAACUGAUUUGGAUCAUGAAGUCACUUAUGUUCACCUGUCCAAUCAACUGGUGCUGCUGUUUUCUAAUAAAAUUAACUGUGUUGGACCUA